UUAGGUGGAUGGGGGCCAUUUUCAAGAGUACUCCCCCUUAGAUAUAAUAGGCAAAAUAUGGCGUCUGUCAAGUUGUUUUAUGCUCGAGCAAACACUAAUGCCAUCUUAAAAAAUGUUGCAAGAUCAGCUCUGGCAGUACAACAGCGCACAAAUUACAAACAAGUGGGUAAAUGUGAUCCAGAUAUGGAAUGGAAACCAAUCAUGGACAGAGCAUCCCAGACAGUCUUUUGGACAGAACUUCUCAAAGGUCUGAGCAUCACACUUGGCUAUCUCUUCAAAGAGCCUGCUACCAUCAAUUAUCCUUUUGAAAAGGGACCCCUUUCUCCUCGGUUUCGUGGUGAGCAUGCUCUAAGACGGUACCCAUCUGGUGAAGAACGCUGUAUUGCAUGCAAGCUUUGUGAGGCUAUCUGUCCUGCCCAGGCGAUUACAAUUGAAGCAGAACCACGUUCUGAUGGCAGCAGGAGGACAACACGCUAUGAUAUUGACAUGACAAAGUGCAUCUACUGUGGCUUUUGCCAAGAAGCAUGCCCUGUUGAUGCAAUUGUAGAGGGCCCCAACUUUGAGUUUUCAACAGAGACUCGUGAAGAGCUGCUCUAUAACAAGGAGAAACUUUUAACCAAUGGAGACAAGUGGGAGUCUGAGAUUGCUGCUAAUAUACAGGCUGACUAUUUGUACAGAUAAUACAGCUGCAUUUUGUCCAUCUGAUUAUUAAGAUUUCAACAUUUUUUUAUGGCGAUGCUUCUUAUAGGUUUUUAAUUUUGGAUUUAAAAAUAGGCACAUUUAAGCAACCUAAAUAAAAGGAGAGAUUAAAAAAAAACAAAGACAUUGAAAAUGCAACAGAAAAUCUUUAUUAUGUUUGAUCAGCUUAAAUAAUAAUACUACUAUUUAGAUUUUAUGCAAAAUAUUCUAUGUACAAAAAGUACAGAUAUGUGUCAGAAAAAUAAAUUGGUCUGUAAAGUUC